AUGACAGCGGUGCCACCACCAGGUGACGAUGAUCAGUGGGCUCCAGGGUUCGAGUUGCCUAUUCCGUCCGCAGAGGGAGAAGAUAAAAAAAAUGAGGGAACGUCCGGAUCCAAAGAUAACGAUAAACCAGUGCCCACGAAGAAAGCAGAGACCAUACGAGGUACGGCCACUGUCAAUCAACCUGGGCCGAACUUGGCUGAGAGACCCGAACAAGAAACCACGGCCGAGUACUUUGCGAGCUGGGAUGAGGCGGAGAGGAUGAUGAGAGCCGAUUUGGAAAAGGGGAAAUUCACACCAGAACAAGUUGACGAAGUUAAGAAAUUGAUGGAGGCUGGUGCCAUAAAAAUGAAAUUGCCAUAUAAAAAAGCACCCGGAGAAAUGACGAUAGCGCAAUGGCAAGAGAAGGCCGCAAAGCUCGAGGCUGAGCUAAAGAACAAGGGACAAGAAGGCGACAAGUACGUGGCUCAAUUGAUGGCGCUCCAAGACCAAUUAAGGCGGCAGGAGGUCGCACAGCUGGAGAUAGAAACCCGUAAUGCAAAACUCGAUAAAGAAAGGAGAGAGGCCAUGGCUAAAAUCGACAAGGCCGCACAAGAAAAGCGCGACAAAAAACAUCAAAAGGACAAAGAAAAGGAAGAGGAGACGAGAAAAGCUGAAGCUGAAAACCAUGCAAAGGCCAUGCGUGAUAAAGAUGACAAAAUUCGGGCACUCGAACAAAAAUUCGAUGCUUUGUCUAAACAAGCAGAGGUCGAGAAAAAAGAAAGAGAAAAGGCUGCCGCCAAAGAUACAGACAAAGACAAGAAGGUCGAAAUUCUGCAAAAACAAGCUCUCGAAAAGAAUGAGAAAAUCAAGAAGUUGGAGAAAGACUUGGAAGAGGCCGAAAAUCACGGGGAUGAUGAACUUAAAGCCACCAUCAAGCGUUUAGAGCACGAGAAAAAACAACUUAAGAAGGAAGUAGCUAAAAUGGAAGAGGUGAAGAAGGGCUUGGACGAAAAGAUUCGCGGAUUGGAGAGCUCACAAGUGAGAUUCCUAGAUGCAGCUAUCAAUGAAGAGCAGGCAGGAAAGGAGAGAGAAGCUCUGGAAGACAAUGUUCUCGCGUUGAAAAAACGAAUCCAGCAAUAUGUGGACGAAGAAAAAGAACAAAUCGUUAGAGAGCAGUUUUUGAAAAAAGACAGAAAUACUCUUGGCGCUCAGGUUGUCCAGCAACAAACCGUAAUCAAUCAAUUGAAUGAGAAAGUCAAACAAUCGAAGGAGAGAAUCACUGCGUGUGAGAGUACUAUAGAGACCUUGUCAAAAGCACUGAAUGACUCAUCUGGAAAACUGGGUCGGGAAUUUGUGGUCUUGGAAGCGGAAAUUGAGAAACUCGAAAAACGAGUGAAAGAACAAGACGUCAAAAUUUCUCAACAAGAGUCUGAAAUUGGAGCCCAGAAGCUGAAAAUUGGAGAGCAGGAAACGAAAAUUAGGAUUGGGACCCCGGGUGCAAGCCAUGGAGAAUUGGCUCAGCAGAACCAGACCAUACUUAAGGAGAAUAUGGAGCUCAAGAAACAGCUGGACGACAUGCAAAAGAACCUAGGUGUAGAGAACUCAGGAGAACUCAGGAGGCAGCUAGAAGCUAGUCAAAGACAAUUAGAAGCCAGUCAAAAGGAAUACGGCGUUGUUCAAGAAUGCGUAGAGAAGUUAUUGCAGGAGCUCGAAGAGGUCCGAAAGACAAAAUUCGGCGAAGGAGCAAAUGCGAGCGAGAUUGAACGUCUGAAGCAAGAGUUAGACAAGGCUACGAAAGAUAUUGAAAAUUUGACGCAAAAUACAAGGAAAGCUGUGAAUGAGAUCAAUCGACUGAAGAAAGAGAACACGGGAGGUGCCGAAAUUAUUCAAACUAUUACGGGAAAGUUAAGUAGAGCCACAAGCGAGAUCAAUCGCUUGGGUGAGAAGAGAAAGGAAGAUGCCGAAAUGAUUCGACUUCUAAAGGAGGAGAACGAGGCACUCCAGUUCGAGAUCGGUCGUUUGAGGAGCCUGCGACCAAAAAAAGUACAACCUAAUCCAAGCCAAAAAGAAUUGGAGCAUAAUAAAAACAGGGUUGCUGAAUACGAAAGGCAGCAAUACGAAUGGGGCGCUCAGGAAGAAAAACUCAAGGCUCAAGUUGACGACUACCAGCAGCAGAUUGAUGAGCUGACAGCAAUAACGCAAGAGAGUAAUGCUCUAAUCAAUACCAUGACAGCAGAGCAGAAGGAGCUUCACGAAACUUUGGAUAAACUUACGCUCCACUUGGCAGCCGCAACCGCGAAGCCAAUUGACAAUACUGAGGGUGGGGGUAAAGCACCUGCCGUCGCUGCUGAACGUGAGCGGGCUCAUGCUGAGAAAAUUAAAGAACUUGAGGAACAAAACAGCGCACUCUCCAAACAAGUUGAUGCGCUCAAGCAAGAAAUUGAGAAGAUACGAAAGAGCCUUACUGAAACCAACACAGAUGCAGAAAAGGAAAAGAAUCAACUCAGUCAACAGCAAGCACAUGCCAGUGCUCAAACUAUUCAUAUAUUGAUGGGUUUCAUGAUUCUUCAGCGAGCCUUAAACGGUAAGGUCACUGGCGAUAUGAAUAGAGUGUUGGCAGCAGUGGAUCAAGCUAGACUUCAGGCUGAAGCAGUCAGUGAUGAGAAGUUGAUUGUAGAAUUAUCGUACUUGGCCGCUAUUGCUGUAUACUAUGACGGUGAUACACCUAAAGCUCUCGAAACUUUGAAUGUCGUCAAGGACUCCAAGGAUUGGGAUGAUACGAAGAAAGAUCUCGUGAAACAAUGGAUUGCGCAUUGUGAGAAGGGGACUAAUUGCCCAAAGGGAAGGAGCGGGUAUAGAGAAGCUCUAGGACUCGGACCUGCGCCACCAACUUAUCGCGCUCCUCUGAAAGUUCCAAAAGAUAAUGAUGGCGAAGAAGCAAACAAAGCAAGGAAAGAAGCUAAGAAAGCCAAGAAGGAAGCAAAGAAAGCGCAAAAGGCAGAGAAGAAAGCAGCAAAAGAACCCAAGACGGGGACGAAACCAAGAGGAGCUUCAGAGCCUAGACGUCGUGGUAUACAUAGGCCUGAUUUAUACGUCGGUAUCUUAUCGCCGAGACAACAAGAUAUUUGGGAUACUAUUGACUUUAGCGAUUUCGAUUACAAUCACCUGACUCCCGAGCAGCAAUCUCUAUUUUCAUUUUCCCCAAUAGAUUCUGAGCCUGAAAGCCCUCGACGACCAAUAGUCCCUCGCCGACCAGUAGUCCAUCGAGGAGCCGGACCUUCCAGUGAGCUUUCGCCUCUACCAGCUCCCCGUGCACACUUCGAGCUCCCACCACGACCACCUAGUGAUUCUGAAUCUGAUCCGGAAGCACCACCACCACCACCUCCUCCUGCUCCUCUAAGACCACCAGGAAAGAUCAAGCCUCAAAGACCAGCUUCGAGCGGGGCUUUCUCUGCUGCCUCACUUAAAGCCGCCCAAGGGGUUCAAGAAGGGCAACCCAGUCGCAUGAGUCGUCCUACUACAGAUGCAGCUCUGCAUAUUCAGUAUCUUGUUGCGCAACUGGCUGAAAGUGGAAGACGUAUCAAAGAACUCGAACCUGCAGGUGCCACCGUACAAAGUUUGACAGAUCGAGUGAAGAGGAGAGAUAAACAGAUCGAAAACUUAAAAAUCUGGGCCGAGCAGAUAGUUGCUGAAAACAAAACGUUGAAAGGUGAUGCCCAGUAG